AUGCAGCUCGUGGCAGCCCUGAUCACCUCAGAUUUUAAAAUGGCAACGUUGAUGGAGGACUCCAUUUCUGUGUCUGCCACAGAUAUGGUGGAUGUCUCUCCUAGAGACAGCACCAUCAACGUUAGAAGGCUCCAUAAGAGAGCCUUCCUUGGCAGGGACCUAUCCUCUUCAUCUUCUGAGGAGGAUAUAGUCCCAGUUAGUAAAAGAAAAAAGAAGGCUUGCCUUUCCUCUUUAAGUUCUGAGGAUGAACUUGAUUUUGGUCCCAUUUCCCCUCAUUCUCGUAGUCAACAUUUUAAAGGGACAGUACCUCCAAAAGCGAAACGUGUUUUUCCCGCGUUUCAGGUUUCAAAGCAGUUUUCACACAAAAUGGACAAGACUCGUUUGAGUGCUGUCAGACCCUUACCGUCCACCUCAAGAGCGUUUGCUCAUUCAUCCUCCCUAAGCCGGUCCUGUUCCAGACAGGGAUCACCGGAGAUUGAUUGGGAGUGUGAGGAGGUGGUUCGCUCUGCAACUUCCACUGAACGAGGGAAGUUGAGCAACAUUCAGAUGGACAGAGUGAGCCUUUUAGGUAAAGUGCUCCCUUUAAAAUUAUUCCAUUCAAGAUGGACCAUCGAACAAGAGUCAGAAGUCAGGGAUUUUGCCAAACUAGCUUUCAGAUCACCGCUAGUUAAAGAGGAUGAUCUCCUCUUUAGAAAUCAUAUUGGUAUCCCUGACAUUCAGGCACUAAUGGCCCCUGAAAUUGAUCCAGCACUGUUAUCCAUUACAGGAAGCAGUGUUUCUGCGGAUCCCAUGGAUCGGACAUUUCGCAAUGUACAAUUUAAAAUUGCGGAUGCUGUUGGUCCCCUGCUGCUUAUGUUGGAUAAGGCAGAGAAGGAGGAAUCCUCGCAUAACCCUUCUCAACCAGCUUUACUGGCAUCUAAGAUGGCACUUCUAAAAGCUUCAAGUAGAGUGGUGCUUAUUAUCGGUCAAUCCUUCAACUAG